UUUGGGUUUGAGUGGUGGUGUCAACAUAGAAAGCAUGAGGAACUCACCGGGACCGCGCAGGCAGCUCAGAACCUUUUUUAUAUCCUUUCUGUUUUGUUGUACCCUGCUGAAUAGUGUUCGUGGGUAUCCGUCGGUUGAGGAUAUGCGGUAUUAUGAUAAAGUAGAAAUAUCGGGAGACCCAGGCGCGCACCAACUGGCCAGCUGGUUGGCUGCUCAACUGCGGGGUGGUGCUGAUCUUCGUCUGUCUGCCCCACCAAUAGAGAUAUCUCCAGCAGCACUGCCUUACCGCCUGCCGUUAGGCAUACCACUGUCUGCCACUGGAAAACGCAACUCAGAAGUCACUAACGCCAUCAUUGGAUCCGAGGAGACCCAGAAGAUGUAUCGAGAUGGCAAGAGAUAAGUUCCUCCUCUUCGCAUCACCGACAGUACCAUAUGAUUGAGAAAAUUAAAAAAUGAUCCCUCUUUAUGAAUACAACAGCUAUUCUCUGAACUUUGUUUUGUUUCAUUUUUUGUAUGAAAACCUUUUGGACACUGUACAGAAUUUGACACAAAAUUCUGCGUAUACUGCCCUAGAAAAAAA